AAGGCCAAAACAAAGGCACCCGCACUAGCGGAAAACCAGAACGUCAUUGGCAGCCAAUUAACGGAAGGCGGAGGCGUUUUUGGUCUCCCAUUCCCCACUCCCCCUCACUUCCGUAGAUGCUGGUUGGGCUUAGCGAUCAGCUUUCGCGGAUCAUGGAGAGCGUAUUCGAGGCUUAUCUAGGUCCUGACAGUGUCCUCGCCAGUGCAGUGGGUCAGGCGGUUGGCGGAGGCGAGUCGGAGGAUAUACCCAGACGGAAUACGGAUGUCUGGGUACUGGGCAAGCGAUACAAUGCCAUACAGGGACUCGAGCUCAUCCGCCGCGACAUUCAGUCCCGUCUAUGGUGCACCUACCGGUGUGGAUUCUCGCCACUUGGAGAAGUGCAGCUCACCACCGACAAAGGCUGGGGCUGUAUGCUUCGUUGUGGGCAAAUGGUCCUCGCCCAGGCCUUGAUUGACCUUCACCUGGGACGUGACUGGUUUUGGACGCCAGAGUGUCGGGAUGCUACCUACCUCAAGAUUGUGAAUCGCUUCGGGGACGUUAAGAACAGUUGCUAUUCCAUACACCAAAUAGCCUUAAUGGGAGAGUCGGAAAACAAAGCCGUAGGCGAAUGGCUUGGACCAAAUACAGUAGCCCAGAUCCUUAAGAAACUUGUGCGCUUUGAUGACUGGUGUUCCCUGGCGGUACAUGUUGCAAUGGAUAGCACAGUAGUCCUCGAUGAUAUAUAUUCCCUUUGUCGCGAUGGCGAUGCAUGGAAGCCACUGCUGCUAGUCAUACCCCUGCGUUUGGGAAUCACCGAUAUCAACCGGAUGUAUGUGCCAGCAUUAAAGCGAUGCCUUGAACUUGACAGUAGUUGCGGAAUGAUUGGCGGUCGGCCCAAUCAGGCUCUGUACUUCCUAGGUUAUGUGGACGACGAAGUUCUUUACCUGGAUCCACACACGACACAACGAACCGGCGCGGUGGGUCAGAAAACCGGUGUUGGUGAACAGGAAUACGACGAAACCUAUCAUCAAAAGCACGCUGCCCGUCUCAACUUUUCUGCAAUGGAUCCCUCCCUGGCAGUUUGUUUUUUGUGCAAGACCAGUGAUAGUUUUGAGUCCCUGCUGACAAAGUUCCGUCAGGAAGUUCUCAGCUUGUGCUCCCCUGCGCUUUUUGAAAUCAGCCAGACACGGACUGUCGAUUGGGAUACAGCGGAAGACAUUGAGUGGCCGACUAUGCCGGAUAUUGACUGGCCGGCGGGUACGUCGGACUCCGAUUCGUUUGCCUUCGUGGAAGAGAGCGGCGACGCCGGCAGCAGCAAAAAUCCCAGUGAGAGAACCGCCGUUUGAGAGGGUCACCGGCAGCAGAAUAGGGCCGAGUGCUCCUCUCGCAACGCCUGCGCCGCACCAUAACAACAGAUGAGGCCGGACCAGCCAAAUGUGGAGCAUCCGUGGUCCGAGGGGUGUGAGAGGUGCGCUAAGAGGAGGAGAAGGAAGGGAGUCGCCUCUGCGGAUGCUGCGAAUGCAAUAAACUAAGGCUAAAGUGCAUAAUUAGACGAGUGGUUGAGAUUUAGUUUGUAGAAUGUUUACGAUUUGUACGAAUGCAAUUGCGAUUCAUAAUGCUGCUUUAUUGUACGCGAUUGACUCCACGGGAGACAAUUGGGCAAAAAACACACACAAGACGAGACACCAUACAGACCAUAUAGACACACAAGCUUUUUGAUGAUCAAUUAAACAUUUUUAUGCAACGUUAUACAUUUAAAACUCGAAUUCGAACUCGAACUCGAUUGAUCGCUUUGUUGCCAAGUGUGUAUAUAUGUACGUAAUACGUAUUCAUAAUGUUUCAUAUUCGUUUUCGUAUAUUCGUCUGUAUAUGUUCAAAAAUGGACCAACAACUAAAUACAUAAUACUUGGACUAUAUGUAUAUAUCUCUAUAUAUAUGUUUGGUAUAUAUAUUAACUUUGCUAUCCGUAUCUGGACUCAACAGUUGGACAAACUCAAUCCACGCAAAAUAAGGAACUUCUCGAGUGAGUAACCAAGGAAAAUGUUUUGGAAACUACGUUAACAGCAAACUCGCGCCUAUGCAGUUGGCAAAUUGACACUAAUUGGGUUUAUCCUGCGGUGUCCUGGCUUGAUCCCUUUGGAAAGGCAAACUCGGCUAAACAAUUUCCAUAUGUCCUUUUGUUUGGAUCAUCUGCUUAAUAAUUUUG